GGGCCCACAGGCAUCGAUGCGCUCGACGACGGGUGCAAGGUGGUGUGCAGCCAGCAUCGCAUCAUGAAGGUUGCACCCGACGGCACGGUGACCACGCUCGCGGGCAGCGGCAGCGCAACCUUUGCCGACGGCCAGGGCGCCGCGGCGCACUUCCACAACCCUGAGGACGUGGCGGUGGACAUGUUGGACAUGUAUGGCUUCGUCUACGUGGCGGACCAGAGCAACCACCGGAUUCGCAAGAUUGCACCCGACGGCACCGUGACCACGCUCGCGGGCAGCGGCAACGCAGCUUUUGCCGACGGCCAGGGCAUCGCGGCGCACUUCCACCACCCUGCAGGUGUGGCGGUGGAUGGCGAUGGCUGCGUCUAUGUGGCGGACCAGAGCAACCACCGGAUUCGCAAGAUUGCACCCGACGGCACCGUGACCACGCUCGCGGGCAGCGGCAGCGCAACCUUUGCCGACGGCCAGGGCAUCGCGGCGCACUUCCACACCCCUACAGGUGCGGCGGUGGACGGCGAUGGCUGCGUCUACGUGGCGGACCAGAGCAACCACCGGAUUCGCAAGAUUGCACCCGACGGCACGGUGACCACGCUCGCGGGCAGCGGCAACGCAGGCAGCAUCGAAGGGCAGGGC